ACACACUGCUGAUCAUCAGAAAAAAAGCAAAAAAGAUUUCAAUUAUGAAUCUCAAUCUGAUUGAAGGUGGAGCCGGUCUUGUUUAUAAGACAGGACAAGAUGUAAUGAAUACUAAUGGCGUUGUGCUGUUUGGGAUGAGUCCUGGUAAUCCUUUCUACAAAUCGAGAGUCAUCGAGGACUAUGUGCGAUACCUUGGUAAGGAAAACAGACGAAUAAUAGUAGUUGUACCGGGGCAGCCAGCCGAACAUACCUACAGGGCCAUGGGAAGUAAAAAUGCUAUAAAACGUGCCAAGARRAACUCCAGUAAACUGAAGACUGACUGCAGUCGAGCUAUUGAAAAAGUUUCCAAGACGAAUGGAAUUGCUGGUGAGUUCUAUAUGUUAGAYUGGACACUUGAGGUUACCAUGCACGAGGCUUACAUUACAGCUCUGGAUUUCGUUAAACAAUUCUAUAACAAUGAUGCUGUAUUCCGUCUCGAUGUGGCGUUGUCKACAGCUAAGGUUCUUGGGAAAGAACUUAAUGAUGCUAGUCAAUCAGGGUUUGAAGAUGACGAGAACGUUCAAGAAGGAGUACUUUACCAACUCAAAGAGCUUGCGUUCGUCAUCUCGAGUAAAGAGAUGUUCAGGACAGACAGUGUAGCCGUUAUCUACCAUCRUAGAUGGGAGGUUUAUGAAAAAUUUGUCAACGGAGACUAUGAUGGUCAGCCAAAGGAGGGACUGGGACUUGCUGUCAUCAACUACCAGUAGACAGACUGGGCCUAGCAUCACCUGUAACAAGAACUUCGAACCAUCUACUCAUACCGCUGUUACUGUUACUGACAUUUUCAAACGAUUAUUAAAUAAACAUUUCUUUUUAUGUUUUGAUUUCUCUAUUAUUUUUUA